UUUAACUAACCUAAGAUUUUUCUUUCUAUCAUCUCUCCAUUUCAGAGUCGCCAUAUUGGCUGUAUUAUGUUCAAGCUCGUCAAACCACUGGGCAAUAAGUGUUACAAUGAUUUGGUCACCGAUUUUUCGUUGCAAACUUUACAUCAACAAUACAUUAUUACAGCAAAAGAAUUCUUUAGCUUGAAUCUCAAUCUACUGGGCAGUAUGGUUGCGUCCAUUGUCACUUAUUUGGUCAUACUCAUCCAGUUCAUGUUCAUGAAUAGAUCUAACCAAAAUCCGAUGGUGCAUUCUGGAAAUUCUACUGUGAGUACACUCAACUAGAGAAAGCUGUGAGCAUUUGAAA